UUCUCAUCAAAAAAGGGUGAGUGUAUAUGAUGGGAGAAAGAAUCUUACCGGGAAGUUUCUUGCAGUACCCACUUUCUGGACUCCAUGCUUCUCCUCACAAGCCUUCUCUUCCUUCAGAUCGUGAAAGGUAUUUAGCUGAAUUAUUGGUUAAGAAACAGAAGUUGGGACCUUUUAUGCAAAUUCUGCCACUAUGCACCCGGCUUCUUAAUCAAGAGAUUAAAAGGGUUUCAGGUCUUAAUCCCGGUUUUGCUGAUCAUGAUAGAUUUGAGCAUGAUACUCCUUUAAGGUCGUUGGUUCAACAUCCUAAUGGGAGACAGAUGGAUAUGGAGGGAUGGUCUGCAAUGCAAACAGCGGUAAUUCUGUUUAAUGUUUAUAUGCCCAUUUGUUCUUAAGAUCAAUGAUUUUCUUCCAAUUAAUGUUAAAUCAAAGGAAAAUGGAAAGUUCUUUUAUUGAAAAUUUAUUGCUUCAGGAAAACGGGCUUAUACAACGAGUUGCUUCAAUUCAAGAUGCAUCGAUGGGUUGGCUUG